GGACUGUACAAUUCUUGGUGAUUUUGCGUACAUAAGCUAUCUAUGUUUAUUUAUUUAUCUAUGCUUCCAACUUAUUAUCAGAGAUAAAGAGAAACUGCUGCCAAACUAAAUCGUUAAAUGUAGGGGGACAUGUGACAAAGUUAACCCCCCCCCCCCCACGUCAAACUAAAGUAAAUUUCACAUAUGUAAGGUUGAAAUCAUAACUCUUAUUGAAGUUCUAUUCAGAAGAAAAAAAAUAUUUAAAAUUUCUAAUAUAUAGCCUAGCCGGUCAAAUUUUCUUUUCUCAUACCUUGUGUAUAAUAAAAACUAGGGAGCUGCGAGGUCAAAAAGUCGCACCAAUAACUUCGCAAAAUUUUUAUUUUCUCUGAUUGUCUAGUUCACAGUGAUCCCCCCCCUGUUGUACAAGCUGUACAUACAUAGAAGAAAUUGAACCAAAUAUUUCGGCCCCCUUCCUGUAUUAGUAGAACCCUGGAGAAGGAUGAAUAUACAGAAACCUGAUUACGAAAAUAAACAUGUACUGUAUGCACUGUACACUGUACUGCAGUAUGCUCUGAGCCAGAUUUAGGUCUCAGUUGACGAAAGUCUGCUGCUUGGUAAAUCAGAAUUAAUAUUCAGAAUCUCCGGUAGAGGCUGAGUGGGCGUUUCCUCUCUCCCCCUCCCCCCUUCAUACUUCAUCUCUCUGCGUCCUGAGAGGUUGAUGUAUAGGAGCAAUGACGACCUCGCCAACCUUCUUGGAAAGUUUAGCUCAACCAUUUCCUCAACAGGCUUGGAACAACAAUUCAUUUAGAGAUGAUGAAUUCAAUACAUGCUUUGUUUGUUUAUCUUCUACUGAACCUAUUGGUAUCAACGAUGAAAACUCAUCCUCAAAGUCUUUCUUCAUUCUAUGGGAGUGAGGUUGAGAAUCCUUUAAGACAAGUUGACGCAAUGAUGGAAUCAGAAAAUCAAGAUCAAACAACACUUUCAGACAUUGAAAUAGAUGAAAGUGUUACUGAGAAAAUGACUUAUGCUCUUUUAAAUGACCUUGUGGAUCAAAAGGAGAGGUUCGGAAAGCAGCACUUGAACAAUAUUUAUCUCCAAAACUUGUCCCCCAACUACCCUCAACAUGCCCAAUCUUCAGAAAUUCCUCAAACCCACACUCUAGCUCAGAAAAACAGGGUUCUAGUGGAUCAGUUGGGUAACAGCUUUAAGAUUGGUCAAUUUCGCUCCAUUUUGGCAGAACUAGAUGAGAAAUCAGUCCAAAAUGUAAAGGAAUCAGUAGAACCAGAAGUAAGGAUAGAAGAAAAUAAGGUUAAAUGUGUUGAAAAGGUAAUGCAAGUUGAGGAAAUUGUUCAUGAUAAUAUCAUAAAGUGUACACACUCAUUUACAGAAAAAUGCCAUAACAUUUUUAUCACAGAUUAUGCACCAUCUCAGGAGGAAAAGUGUUCAACAAGCUUUGAAAAGAAUUGCCAUAUCACCUACCAACCAAUGGCCUUUGAUGAGAAGGUGGAGAUUUGUGAUGAGCCCUUGAAGAAAGUUUGCAAUGAUUCUAUAACUGGAGAGGAGGUUUGUCGGACUGAGUAUGAAACUUCCUGUGAAACCAGGUACAAGAUCCAUACUGUAGAGCAAGAUGAACCUGUUUGUAAAAUGGUUAUGGAGAAGAAGUGUGAUGGUGUUGUGGUAGACAAUCAAGAUCAAGCAAACAAUGGAAGAGGAAGGCGAUCAAUUGCUAGAAUAGAAAAUGGAGAAGAAUUUAUCCGACAAGCAGAAAACUGUGAAGAAUGGCCAGUACAGAAGUGUACCCUGGAGAAGAAAACUGUCACUAAAUCCAACCCUGAAACUUCUUGUCAGAAGCAUCCUAAAAAAGUUUGUACAACAUCCAACUGUAAAUUUGUUCAGAGUGAGAAGACCUGCAGAGAGGAAACAAGAAGUCUUGUUCAAAAUAUUCCAAGUGAGGAUUGUGACCUUGAGCCUAGGGAGACCUGUAAACUGGAAACAGUUCUAGUUCCACGUUUAGUUGAGAAACCCAACUGUGUUCAGGUUCCAAAGGAGAUAUGCGUUGAAGGAAAGACUAAUCCAAGAAAGGUAUCAAAGCCUGUUGUAAAGGAAUGGUGCUACCGCCCUCAGGACUUCCAAGCUAAGUCCACCAAGGAAGCAUUAGAUCUUGUUCUGAACCAGUUGAAGUAAAAGUUUUUCAGAAGAGCUAAGACUAAGGGGAAAAUUUGUAGAAACUUUUUACUACAAGAUUGUUUUCCAUGAUGGAACAUUGGUUACAUCCCAGAUAGUGAUUUAUGAUUAUCUAUUAUAGUUUUAAAGUAAAAUUUCUUUGGAUAUAUUUUUCAAUUGUACUGGUUAUGGGAGUUUCAAAAUGUGUAAAAUUGUAUUGGUUUAUAUACUACUUGUAUUCUAAUUGGAAUAAAUCUUUUGAUUAUUGGUAA